CUAGCCCCGUAAACAGAAAAUUUUCGAGAAAAUCAGGCAAUGUCAAUUUUCAAAGCACACAAUCUGCUUUUCGUUAUUUUUCAAUAAAUUAAUAUUAAAUGUUACGUUUAUUACUUUUAACAGCAAUAACUAGCUGUUUCAAAGUCAACCAUAGUACAGCCGCUGUGACCAUGGCCCUUAAAAGUGUUGAUUUUGAAGUCUUUGGACGAGUUCAAGGAGUAUUCUUUCGUAAGUACACAAAGCAACAAGCUGAUAAGUUAGAUCUUAAGGGAUGGUGUCGAAAUACUUCCCGUGGAACGGUUGAGGGUCAAAUGGAAGGUCCAUUGGACAGAGUGGAAGAAAUGAGGCACUGGCUUAAAAAUACUGGCAGCCCGAGCAGUAGAAUUGACAAAGCCGAAUUUAAAAACGAUAAAGAUAUAUCCGAAUAUACCUUCAGCAGUUUCGACAUACGACGCGACAAUUAGAUCUUAUUUUUUAGUUGCUUAGUAAUUUAUUAUAGCUUUAAAUAUGCCCAUGUGAUAUAAUACCUGCAUAGGCUUAUCCAGCAGUACUCAACUCUAUAUGAAUAUAGAACGUUAAAUUACAAAAA